AUGCAAGAAAAGAACCGCGUCCACGGAGCUGCACCGCCGCUGACUGCCGUAGAAAGAUUCUUGUACGGCCAAAAGAACGAUGCCUUUUGUUCCAAGAAACAUGAUCAAUCCAUACACCAACCGCUCUUGGAAACGAUAGGGGAAACUGAGAUCAGAAACGACAAAGAGAACACGAUGUUUGGUCCCAGGAAGGUGAAACACUUGAUCGGAGAUGGUGGAAACCCAAACGUUAUUGGAGAAAUGAUCAUGAAAGGCAAAACUAGAGACUAUCAAAAGAGUGCUAUUUGCAAGGAAAUAACAAAGAAGCAACCACACAAGUAUCUCAUCAAAGGGCAAUGGACAGUCGAAGAAGACAGGAAGUUGAUAAAGUUGGUGAUGCAACAUGGAGAGAGGAAAUGGGCAAUAAUCUCGGAGAAGCUUGAAGGAAGAGCAGGCAAGCAAUGUCGCGAGAGAUGGCAUAAUCAUCUCCGUCCUGAUAUUAAGAAAAAUAGCUGGAGCGAAGAAGAAGAAAGGGUUCUUGUGGAAGCACACACCAGGAUCGGGAAUAAGUGGGCAGAGAUCGCUAAACUCAUACAAGGACGAACCGAAAAUUCUAUCAAGAACCAUUGGAAUGCGACCAAAAGACGCCAAAACUCAAAACGCAAACACAAGGUUUCGAAAAAGGCGGAUAGUAACAGCGAUACGGAUGAUCUCUCUCCACCAGCGAAAAGGCCAUGCAUUCUCCAAGACUAUAUUAGAAGCAUCGAGUGCAAUGAAAAGAAAAAUGGCGAGAAGAUCAUCACUACUGGUGGUAAUAAUGUUGUUGCUACUUCGAAUCUAGAUUCGGACGGAGGCUCUACCUCUACAUUGUCGCUCCUGCAUGAUCCUUAUGACGAAGAGCUUGUUUUCCUGAAAAAUAUCUUUGCGAACAAUCCGAUGUCCCUCGAGAACAUCGGUUUGAGCGAAAGUCUCGAGAUAAUCUCGUCUUCUUCAUCUGCGGUCAGUUUCAAGAGCCCUAACCCUAAACCUAACUUGAACAGCAAUAUUCUUCAUGGAACAGUGGUCACAGAUCCUGCGAAUACCUCCCACCUCGCGUCUGAUAUCUACUUGUCUGAUUUGUUGAACGGUACGGCGUCGUCUUCUUCAUCUUCUUUUAUGUCUUCCAACAGCAUAGAGCAUUGCAGCGAAAAUGAGUUGUUUGCGCCCCAAGAUAACUCUACUAGCAAAAUAAGAGAAUUGGAUCUCAUAGAGAUGCUCUCUGGUUCUGCUCGAGUUAGCAACAUUUGGUUCCCUUUGUUCUAG